UUUGCGGCAUGCGCCUCACCUGCAGUGUGGUGUGCCGCUGCCUGUGUAAUUUUUGUAGCUCGUUAGCGUCAAACACAUGACCUGUCACCGCAUUCAUUGUGUUGUCGGGUAGUGUGGCCUCGGUCCUGCGACUCAAUGGGCGGAAAGAAGAAGAAGUCCGCCGCGGCUCCGGCUCCGGCUCCGGCUGCUCCUGCUGCGGCUGCGGCGGCGGGGAACGGCGUGGAGGAAAACACGUCUGCCGGGAGGAAACAGGCUCACAACAAGCCAGCCAAGCCCGUCAAAGAGCCCAAAUCCAAAGCCCCAAAGACCUACAGCCUUGCGAACACUGCCCAGGUUGACACCAGCGGAGUCUCCGACAAAUCGAUCCUUAAAGUGGUCAUCCAAGCGGACCUGGAGAAGAAGAUCAUCAAGCUGAUCAACGACUUCAGACAGGAGAAUGGAGACAAAGGGCCCAUAUCAGGAAGACUCACCAGCAAGAAACUACUGGACCUGUACACAGCUCUACAGAAAUUCAACUUCAAGACGGAGCACAUAGAGGAGGCGAUGAAGAGCAGCGUGCUGUAUGGAGGGGAUCUUCACUCCGCCCUCGACUGGCUCUGCCUCAACCUGAGAGAUGAGGAGCUCCCUGAUGGUUUUAGCCAGCAGAUGCAUGAGGAGAACCAAAGGAGCAGGCCGCGCUUCCAGCCUCCUGUCCAACAGAAGCCAGCUCCCCCCAGCCCCAAAGCACCCAACAACCCCCCUAAGCAGGUUGCCAAGGUCUCAGAGAAGGAUGAGGCUGCUAGCAUGAAGGACUGGAUCUUAAGGUAUGCGGAGCAGGCCAGUGAAGAGGAGGAGGAUGAGGAGGACGAGGAGGAAGGUGGAAAAAAGACUGGAUAUAAUCCUGAACUGGAUGAGAAGUUUGACCCGAAUGACAGGUAUUUGGUGCUGACUGCCCAGCUGUAUGAUGCCAGGGAGAUGGCAGCUGCUGCCAAGUCCAAAAAAGACAAGACAGGCCAGAGGAUGGCCCAGGACAGGAUCCGCAUCAUACAGCAAGAAAUGAAAACACUGGAGUCCCAUCCCAUGUUCAAUCCGGCUAUAAAGGUGGUGGACACGCCUCAAAAGGACAAGAAACCCCCGCCUGUCACUGAGGAUAAAGAGGAUCUCGGCUUCAGCCUGUUUGAACAAGCUGAAAAGCCCCCACCUGCAGAGAAAGUUGUGAAAAAGAAUGAGCCAAAGGACAUUCGCAAUUUUGACUACACAGCUCGGAGCUGGACAGGAAAGUCUCCCAAACAGUUCCUCAUCGACUGGGUCCGCAAGAACCUGCCCAAGAGCCCCCCGCCAGCUUUUCACAAGGUAGCAGCUGGGAGAUACUGGAGAUGCAAGGUGCGUGUUCAGAGAACAGAUGACGUUCUGGAAGUUUGUCCCACCAUCCUGACGGAGGACAGCAUGCAGGCCCAACACCUCGGGGCGACGCUGGCCCUCUACAACCUGGUCAAAGGACAGUCAGUCCAUCAGCUCCUCCCUCCAACAUACAGGGAUGUCUGGCUGGAGUGGAGAGAUAAUGAGCAGCAGAAACAGGAGGAGAGCCGCACCGCCGCCAACAAACCGCGAGACCAGUUCAUCUCCCGGCUGUUGACCAGGCUCAAACAGCAGCAGAACCAGAGACUCAACCAGAGCCCAGAGCAGCAGUCUGGGUCCCAAGCUCACACGGGGCUGCACAGGACCGGAGACGAAGAGCCUGAAGAAUCCUGGGAGAGCCUGGCUGGUCUGGAUGUUGGGGAGGGAGGAGAGGAAUUAGAGGAUCAGAGUGAGAAGAGAGGAGGGAGGAGAGACGCAGCAGCAGCACUUCAGGCGUCCAGGGAGCUGCUGGUGAAGCUGCGGACGUCCCCACUGGCCCGCAGACUGCAGGCAGAACGAGAGCAGCUCCCAGUUUCCCAGCACAAGCAGCGCAUCCUGGAGGCUCUGCAGCGCCACCCUGUGGUCGUGGUGGCUGGCGAGACAGGCAGCGGCAAAAGUACCCAGAUCCCUCAGUUCCUGCUGGAGGAGCUGCUGAUGGGGGGCGGCGCGGCACAGCCCUGCAACAUCGUGGUGACGCAGCCGCGCAGGAUAUCUGCCAUGAGUCUGGCCAGCAGAGUCAGCCAGGAGCUGGGCUGCGAGGACGGACCAGGCUCCAAGACGUCGCUGUGCGGAUACCAGAUCCGGAUGGAGAACCAAUCCGGGGAGUGGACCCGCCUGCUGUACUGCACUACUGGGGUUCUGCUUCGGAAGCUCCAGCAGGACCAGCACCUCAGCUCCCUCACACAUGUCAUCGUAGAUGAGGUCCAUGAGCGUAGCGUCCAGUCGGACUUCCUGCUCACCAUUUUGAAGGACGUGGUUAUGAGGAGGUCGGACCUGCGGCUGGUCCUCAUGAGUGCCACCGUCGACUGUAACAAGUUCUCCAGUUACUUCAACCACUGUCCUGUGGUCAGCAUUCCUGGCAGGACGUUCCCUGUCGAGGUGUUCCAUUUGGAAGACAUUGUGGAGCAGACUGGCUACGUCCUUGAAAAGGACUCGGAGUACAGCCAGAAGAUUCUCGAGGAGGAAGAGGAUGUUAGUGUCUCUGUCACCCAAAAAGGCGGCAAAACUCUACAGCACCAGGAAGUGAUAGUGAGGGACUCUUCCGCUGGCUGGGACCUCGGUCCUGACCUGGACCACUUCAGCAGCAGGACUCGACAGGUGCUGCAGUACAUGAACCCCAAUAAGAUAAACAUGGACCUGCUGCUGGACCUCAUCGAGUACCUAGAUAAGGCACCUCAGUUUUCGAUGGUGGAAGGGGCAAUUCUAGUCUUCCUCCCAGGCCUGGCCCACAUCCAGCAGCUCUAUGACAUGCUCUCCUCUGAAAAGAGGUUCAGAUGCAGGGACAGGUAUCGGCUGGUGGCUCUCCAUUCAACGCUCUCUGCCAAGGACCAGGCUGCUGCCUUCACAGUGCCCCCUGCUGGGGUCAGAAAGAUCGUGUUGUCGACCAACAUUGCUGAGACAGGUGUGACUAUCCCCGAUGUUGUGUUCGUCAUCGACACCGGGAAGACCAAAGAAAACAAGUAUCAUGAGAGCAGCCAGAUGAGCUCCCUGGUCGAAACUUUUGUCUCCAAGGCCAGCGCCCUGCAGAGGCAGGGGAGGGCCGGGCGUGUCCAACAUGGCUUCUGCUUCAGACUCUACCCAAAAUACAGGUUUGACAGCUUCAUGGAUUACUCCAUCCCGGAGAUACUGAGGGUCCCUCUGGAGGAGCUCUGUCUUCAUAUUAUGAAAUGUGAGUAUGGCCCCCCAGAGGACUUCUUGAGCCGAGCCCUGGAUGCUCCUCAGCCCCAGUCGGUCAGUAACGCUGUCAGCCUGCUGAGGAGGAUCGGGGCGUGCCACCCGGACAGCCACCUCCUCACCCCGCUGGGACACCACCUGGCCAGUCUGCCCGUCAACGUCAAGAUCGGCAAGAUGCUCAUCUAUGGAGCCAUCUUCGGCUGCCUGGACCCCAUAGCAACCAUUGCGGCAGCCAUCACGGAGAAGUCUCCCUUCUCCACACCAAUGCACAGGAAGGAGGAAGCCAACCUGGCCAAAGCUGCUCUGGCAGUGGCCAACUCCGACCACCUGACCAUAUACAACGCAUAUCUGGGGUGGAAGAAUUCCCGGGCUGAAGGACAGAAAACCGAGCUGUCCUACUGCAGAAGACACUUCCUCAACCGCACAGCUCUCAUCACAAUAGAGGAUGUGAAGCAAGAGCUGAUGAAGAUGGUGCAGCAGGUCGGUUUCUGGUCGCCUCGCUCUUCCUCGCACUUCAAAUCCCAGACAGGCGCUUUAUCCAAGCAGCAGAUCUCCGUCCUGAACGCGGUGCUGACGGCCGGGCUGUACGACAGCGUGGCCCGGGUCCUCUGCACCCCGUCUGUGGAUGUGCUGGAGAGGGUGGCCUGCACCGUGGAGACUCCCCAAGGCAAGGCGCAGGUCCACCCCUCGUCCGUCAACCACAACCUGCAGACCCACGGCUGGCUGCUCUACCAGGAGAAGGUGAAAUACACUAAGAUCUACCUGCGAGACACAACUCUGAUAUCUCCGUUCCCGAUGCUGCUGUUCGGAGGCGACAUCGACGUUCAGCACCGAGAGCGCCUCAUCACCGUGGACGGGUGGAUUCACUUCCAGGCUCCGGUGAGGAUUGGUGUGAUCUUUAAACACCUGAGGAAGCUGAUGGACUCGCUGCUGGAAAAGAAGCUCGAGAACCCGAAGACGAAUCUGGAAGAUGAGCGGACCAUCCAGCUGAUUCUGGAUUUGAUCAAGAUGGAGCAUGCAGUGUGAUACCAGGCCUUAUGUGCAGCUCAAGAACCUCGUCUUACUCCAUCGACCAGCCUUCUCCCAGAACCCUGUUGACAACGUGCUUCCCAUUACAGCCCUGGCAUCUGUCAUGCCGGUGUCCAACCACAGAGCGUGGCCGCGCUGAUCAGGUGGUCAGGGCUGCGUUACAGCGACUCCCAGUGGAAAGAUGCCGGCACCCUACAGACGCUCUGAUCGGUACUAGAGCUGGUACUCACACUGAGGAGGAAAUGUAUGAAAUGUAAAGAGGAAACAUAUCUGACAUUCAAAAACAAACAAAUUGUGACAUAAAGUUGUUGCCAAAUGUGAUGAAAUAAAGUCGUAUUAGUUUUAUUUUACCCCUUCAUGUUAUCAUUUUCUGAUUUCACAGCAUAUUAAAGAAGCAUACCAGUGAUUUUA